AUGGGGAUUGCUGCACCGGGUUUUGAUGUUGAAGGGGUGAUGACAAUGGGAGGUUCCGUGGGGGAUGAUCAGAAUGAUGCACCUUCUGGCAGUGCUGCAGAUUCUGCUGAAGAUUUAGUGCCAGCUGCAAACGUGAUAGGCUUGAUGCGAAGGAUCAUCCCAAAUCAGGGUGAGAUAUCAGCUGAUGCUGUGAAAUCAGUUCAGCAGUGUGUGAUCAAGUUUAUCCGCUAUGUGACAGCCGAAACCAAGACUAGGUGUGGAGAGGGGAUGAGCACAACUAUGACCGCACAGGAUGUGUUAAUAGCACUAAACAAACUUGGCUUUGGCCACUACAUUGGACCACUUUUCGCCUAUUUGAAUCGCUUUCAAGAGUUUCAAGCUAAGCAGGGUCCGUCAGGUGAGCCCCUGGUAAUCAGGAGGACACUCCAGCCAGGAGGUAUGGGGAUUGCUGCUUCAUUUGCACCUGGUUUUGAGGUUGAAGGGCUGAUGGCAAUGGGAGGUUUCAUGGGAGAUGGUCAGAAUGAUGCACCUUCUGGCAGUGCUGCAGAUUCAACUGGUGAUGCUUAG